AUUUCGGAUCUUUGAGUGUAGUUUUGUACUCUCUAACAAUUGUAAGAGUUCGUCUAUUAUCCAAACUGAUAUUUUUGUGGUUUCGAUGAAUCGCCAAUUCUAAUGAAUGAUUUGGAAUCUAAAGCCAACACUUUGCUGACUUCAUCGUGGAGUGUCAUUCUCGGUUUCUGCAACGACAUAAGCGACUUUUUCAGUGCCAAUCCAUCAAUAACAGAUACGGACGACGUUCAGGUCCAAAUACUGCUAUUGUUGCUUAUUUGGCUCGGUGUCAACACUGUCCUCAUAGCCAUAUCUUGGUCAAUUUAUGGCACAAGGAUACGUUCAAAGAUUGACAAGAAAGACCUUGCUGAACAGUUUCCAACUCAACCAAACUUGGAAAGGCAGUGAGAUUUCUUUCUCAGUUUUGAAUAACCACUGAAAAGAUGGCUGCAAUCAAGAAAUUUUUUCAAAAAAGAAAACUUGAUGUCACCUUUAAGAGAGCUGGAGAUGGUCAUCGCCUUACAGAUGAUACCCGGUCAACUCCUCGAACCAUGGUGACAGAACCAAUCCAUCCUGUGUCAAGACAACAAACCUCCAGGGAAGCACAGAAGGCUGCUGAAGCUGCCAUGAUCAGAAAUCAGGGUCAGAAUACUAGAAAGUCAGCUGCAGUUUCUCAGAGAGCUAAGAUGAAGCAGGAGAUGGAGUCAGAGUUGAAACGGCAGGAGCAGGCCUUAGCUGCUGCGGAGGUGGCCCGAGCAGGUCCAACAAAGGUAGAACUGGACAGUGCUCCUGUACUGUCACAAAUUCUCUACACUUGUCCAGAUAUUGGUCCCGCAGUCCUUCCCAAAAAUGAAAUGGAAGCCUGCAUUGAGGAGUUCCUCUUGAAGCAAAUUGCAGAAGAACCAGAAAUGACUUCUGCUUUAAUGAUUCAUACUCUCAACAAAGAUAAAGAGAAAGUCAGAAUUGGAAUUGAAACAUUGGUUAAAAUUCUUGGUAAUAUCAUAGCAAAUCCUGGCGAGGAGAAGUUCCGAAAGAUCCGACUGACGACUAAAGCAUUCACAGAGAAAAUAGAGCCUUUAAGGGGAAGUGAUGAGUUUCUACAAGCUGCAGGCUUUCAUAUAAUGUCCCAGCUGGUAAAUGAAACUGAAGAAAAUUUUUAUAUAAUGGAUGAAGUCAUGGCACAAGACACUGAGAGACUUAGUGGCCUUAAAGAAGUGUUGUUAGCAGCAGAGCCAAUCAAACCUCAGCUGGACAGGGCAUUAAAAGUGUACCAUCCCUCACAACAUGCUUCCAAGUUCGACAUUCCUAAUGAAUUCUAUAAUGUUAAUCCUGAGGAAAUCAAGAAAGAACAACAGAGGAGACAUGAUGCAGUGGAAAAGCUUGGCAUGUUACGCACUAAAGCCAUGCGAGAAAGGGAUGAAUUACGGGAAUUGAGGAAGUAUCGCUUUACCCUUAUUCGAGUUCGCCUGCCAAAUGGUGUUUUGUUGCAAGGAACAUUUAAGGCCCAGGAAAAAGUGUCUUCUUUAUUUUCAUAUGUGAGAGAAAAUUUAGCAAAUGAUUGGAUACCAUUUCAGCUUUUAUCAGUGGGUCAGAAACUGGAGGAAACGGACACAUUUGCCGAAGCUGGACUGGUACCUGCAGUGGUAGUUACCUUCUCAUGGGACCAGGCAUUGAUGGCUGAUCUCAAGGCACAACAGGGUGCUGGGGCAGAAGGUGCAAUACUGAAGCAAGAAAUUAUGUCUCUGAUAGAAACAUUAUGAUACUCUGAUGUGACUGUGUAUUGUGAUAAUAUAUGGAGAGUAAUGUGGUUAUACCCCUGGUAUUUCAGAAGCUUUUGUUAUCAUGCAUGUGUUUUUAGUUUGUUCAUACUGGCCUUCUCACACAAGUUUAUCGAUGAACAAAAUUACUGUUACAUGUAUGUAAAGCUAAUUAUAUAUCAGAAAAUUGUUAAUAUAUACAUUAGAUGUAUGGCAUUUGCCCAUUUUAUUUUCUUGAUAGGAUUUUCUACAUUUUGGAGCUGUCCUGUAAUGCUUUAAGUUUAAACAAUACAUAUGUAGAUCAUUUAAAUGGUGUCUAUCAUAUGUAAGUUAUAUAUAGGUAUGGUGAAUAUUCUUAUUAUAGCCUUCCUAACUGGAAAUAUAUUUUUGUCCAGAAAACAAAUUCCGUUUAACUUUGCUUAGAAUAAUGGGAAAUUGGAGAUAAAAUGUGACUACAUUCCACUUGUUUUAUAGUCCUUUCUUCACAGUCUGUUGGUGACACACUGAAAAAAUUAAAACCACAAUAAGAAUACAUUGUUUGUAUAUAAUCUUGCUUUUCAAAUGAUAAUAAUUUUGAUAUAAUGCCACUAGCAGUACUUUCAGUUCUUUUCAGUUUUAUUUUAACUGAUUUUUUUGUAGUUAAUGAAUUAACACAGCAUUGAUCAGGAGUUUGUUACAAAAGUUUUCGGUACUCUGGCUUUGGAAGUCAGUGAAAUAGGACAAUGUUAAUAGAGUUAAUUAACAUCCAGAUUUAAAUUGAGACAUGAUGACAAUAUGGAACAUUUUGAACUCACAUACACUACAGCAGAAAUUUAUUAUUUGUUGAUUUUUUGUUAGAGUGAAGUUUAAUUUGUUGUCCAGAUUCGCUAGUCAAUAUUAUAUAUAUGCAUAUCAUCAGAAAAAGACGUAUUUGUCCUUAACAUGUACUGUUUCUUCCAUCUCUAUGAUUGACUUUCUUUGUGACAAUUUUUUUCUUUGUGUUGGAAUGUUUUGUUUAGUCUCAUAACAUGAUGAUAAAAAAAGUUCCCUGUAUAUGCCCACUCUGUAGGGAACUCUUGAUUCCCUGGGAUAAAUAGGGUACAAAUGUCGGAAAUAGAAAGGUGUCCAUAUACACUGGGUCAUGAACUUAUGAAGGUUGUGAAAAUAACUCAAUUAGCAGAAAUAUUCUCCAUUUAAUCUGACUGCAACAAAUUUUAUAUUUAUCUAUAUCACAGAGGUUAUGAAAUGAUUACCUGUAGCAGUGAUAAGUAUUACACACGCAAGAAAUUUAUUUCUAACGGGAAAAGCUUUCAAGCAUAUUUACACUAGUAAAUUCCUCAUUACCGUUUGUAUUGAUAUAGAAUCGUGUUAAAUUUGUAAGAGAAUUCCACCUUGACCAGUUAUGUUGCUAGUUGUCAGUUCCACGGUCUGCUUCAAAUCGAGGGUUAGACAAAAGUUUUGCCCCAAAGGUUGUGAUUUCUAGUUUGUUCUUGCUGCAAGAGAUCAUCUUUUUUUACUGUCUCAGUGUUUGUAUGUUUGUUGUCUUGAUAGGUGUCUAAUCUCUCUCACUAAAAACUGAUGUAUUGGUAGUUUAUCAAUGAUUCAUUGUUUUGUUAGUCCUUGGAGGUGACAGAGAAAUCUUGUUCAAACUUGACAUUAAUCAAUCUGUAUCCCUGCAAAUGAUUGUUUGCUUUUCAAGAUUUUACAAAAGAUACAGAUGUGGAGAGUACCUUUGGAUACAAAUAUAUAAAGUAGAGCCAGAUAGUGCAUUAAACUGCAUCAUACAGUCGCUUGUCCCUCCAGGACUCAUCACUGAUGCUGAAGGCCAAAGUUUUGAAACCUAGGAUGUCUAAGAAUAAUCAAAGUAAAUUGAAAGGAAUAUCAAUAUCUAGAUGGGGAGGUGCACUGGCUACAUCACUCAAUAAGCUUCAUAGUUUUGUAUAAACAAUGUAUGUGAUAAUUUCAAGUUUGUUAUUUAUCGUUUAUAAAGUUUCCAAUGAUAAAUGUUUAGGCUGUUGUUUUUGUUGGCCCUGUAUUGGUAGUAUACAUUUUAGCAUGCUUUAAAGUCUCAAUUAGAACAUUUCUAAAUUAUGCUAACUUCAGCAGUUCUGAUUUAUCUUAUGGAUAUCCCUUCUACAAGUAGCAAUCAUGAAAGGAGAAAAAUCUUAUGUUGAAACUUACAUAUUGCCUUUUAAACAGUAAUAAAAUAUUGUAACAAAAC